ACUUCCAAGCGCGGAGCGUAUUCUACAUUUUGUCAUAACGGUGAACGUAUCGCUGUAUUUUCCGACUGUUUGAAAGAAUGGCUCGUACCAAGCAGACUGCUCGUAAAUCGACUGGUGGAAAGGCUCCACGUAAGCAAUUGGCCACCAAGGCUGCUCGUAAGAGUGCCCCGGCUACCGGUGGAGUGAAGAAGCCUCAUCGCUACAGGCCUGGAACUGUCGCUCUUCGUGAAAUCCGAAGAUACCAAAAGAGCACCGAACUGCUGAUCAGGAAGUUACCAUUCCAACGUCUGGUUCGUGAGAUCGCUCAAGAUUUCAAGACCGAUUUGAGAUUCCAGAGCUCCGCCGUCAUGGCUUUGCAAGAAGCUAGCGAAGCUUACCUCGUUGGUCUUUUCGAAGAUACCAACCUGUGCGCAAUCCAUGCUAAACGUGUUACCAUUAUGCCAAAAGACAUUCAGUUGGCCCGCCGUAUUCGUGGAGAGAGAGCCUAAGCAGCCUAUUUUUCUUCUAUAAACAAUCGGCCCUUUUUAGGGCCAAAAUUCUCUUCAAUAUAGGAGCUUCAGGUUUUCGACUGCGA